AUGGCCCGCCGCAACAAGCGAGGCAGGGCCGCAGCAGCUGCCGCCAACGACUUCACGAUCCACGAAGACCAGCCUACACCCAUUGACGACAGCGACAUUCGAGACUUUGCAAACGGUGCGACCGAGUCGAACCUGACCAAGGCCAGCACCCUCGUCAACGAGGAUGCGAGCGCCGAGAAUGACGAGAAGAGCGUCGAAGCUCGCUUGGACAGCAUGUUGGAGGAGCUGGGGGAUAAAAAGAAUACAAGUGCAUCGAGCUCGCGACGAGAGUCACUAGACUCUCGCAGGGACUCGUUCGACUCUUUGAAGAGGAGCAGAGACAGCCUGCAUGAGGCAAACUACACAGAGGACAACGUUUCCAGACGAGAAUCUGGCGCCUCCUAUGACGCCACUGACGACUCAUACUCUCGACGAGACUCCAACGGCACCGAUUCCAGCCGCGGAGAGUCAAGGUACUCGGAGUCUCAGGAUCAAUCGGCGCUCGAUGACAGUGUCCUAGGCGAUCAUUCCACCACGUCAGAGCAUUCAUCCUCCUCUCUCCACCGACGAGCCUCGGGUCGAACUGAAGCUCUGAUCCAUGCUGCUGCCCGCAACAUCGUCGACCAGAUCCAUCGCAGCGAUGACGAUGAAUCUGACUUCACGGAGAGCUACGUCUCCAAUAGUAGAGCCUCGAGCCAAAACUACUCCAAAGUGCCGUAUGUACCUGGGGCUCGAGAUAUGGGAGUUCGUCCUUCAGAUGCAUUGUGCUACGUGAGCAAUGGACCUAGGAGACGAUCACCUCCCCCACCCUCCGAUGACGAAGAGGACGCCAUGACGGCCAGUGCUAGGGUGUCAGACGCACAUUCUCUCGUGCGCGAGGACCUGACGGGCAAUGCCGAGAGUGUCGUUGACGACGCCCAUGAGCCCUUCCUCGAGCUUGUGUCUGAGGUCGAGGGUCACGAGCAAGAAGGCGAUGAUUUUGAAGACUCUUGGGCCGCACUCGUCGAAGGUCCGGAGGAAAAAGCCGCCAGACAAUCGGCCCAAGAGGCCAAGGAGGCCGAAGCGCACAUUGUCGAGAGCGUCCCUUCGCCCGUCGUCGAUGUCGUCGAGGUCCCCGCUGAUGAAGCAGCGAUGGAGACACUCGACAUUUCGGCGGCUGCGAAUGAUGACGCGCCAACUUGUGUAGAGGAGGAGGCGGUGGACACUCAGCUUCCCAAAGAGGUGGAGGAGACUCAUGUUCCCAAGGAGGCGGAGGAGGCUGAUGUUUCCAAGGAGGUGGCGCUUGAAGCUGAUACAUCAGUGCAUGAGCCCAUUGAGGAAUCAAUCCCCGAGCCUGCCAGUAUCUCCGACGAGUCUGCGGUCGAAGAAGACGUUGCGGCUGGUAGGUCUGCCCAUCAAGAAGGGGAGCUUCCCGAGCCUUCUGCCGAGGUCGCACAACACGAAGAGCCUCUAUCAGCAGCGGUAGAGGAGCCUGCGGCAGAGCCCACAUCGGAAGAAACCACAGAGUCUGUACAGGUCGCCUCCAAGGAAGAGGAGUCAGAGCCCGUCGCUGAGCCUGCAUUGGAGGAAACGACGGAUGCUGCUCAGGUCGCCUCGAAUGAGGACGAGCCAGAGCCCGCCGUCGAGGAACCUACGGCUGAGCCCACAUCGGGACACAAAUUGGAAUCUGUUCAGGUCGCCCCUGACGAAGAGAAGUCAGUAGCCGACGCUGAUGUUGGCCCUGAAGUUAUUGAGGAACCUGCGGCUGAGCCCACAUCGGAGGAAACGACAGAAUCUAUUCAAGUCGCCUCCCAUGAGGAGGAACCGGAGGCCAUCGUCGAAACCGCCCCUGAAGUUGUAGAGGAAGACACUGAGAAAGCUGCCGAGUCCACCCUAGCGUCGGCGGAAGACAGCAACGCGCUACCAGCCGAGGAGCCUACAGCAUCAACCAUUGAUGAAGACGAUGACACUGUCGCUGCCUCCGUUGAUACAACUGCGGAAGUCGCUGCCCCCAUCCUAGAUGAGCAACCAGAGCAGGCUCCCGUAACGGAAGAUGCUGCAUCAACUGCCCCUGGUAUCGAUCAAGCACCCGAGGCUCCCGCCACAGGCAACGCCGAGGGCGAACGCGAAUUGGAUACGGCAAGCCAGCCGGACCCUGAUCAUUUCGAGGAUCACGAAAACUCAAUCAUGGAUCGCUCAGCCAGUCAAUGCGGCGACUCGGUGAUCCAGUCCAUUGAGAACGACGACGAGCCUGUACCCGAGGAGAAUGCCGACAGCUCUCACAACGAACACGAGGACGACGUCUUCAGCGACCACAGCCCCCGAAGCUCAGUGGGCUCUACCUCAGGGGAGGAUCAUCGCCAGCAUCGCGAGAUCAGCGAAAAUGUCACGCAUCGGACGCGCACGCAUCGCAUGUCUGACUUCUCCCACUACGAGACGGAUGACCAAGACGAAAUUUUUAUCCCAACAGUACGGGGGACGCCCCGCCCACCGUUCAGAUCUCCAUCGUCUGUCAAAGCAAUACAGAUGUCCUCGCCAGCUCAAAGUGUGAUCGGCUCAAGUCGCUCCAGCCGCAGGACUCCCAUCCCCUCGGGCUCGAGGCUUGGUUCGCCAAGUGCGCAGUACUCCCCCAAGAGGACGCCUCCAAGGUUCAGGCGGGCCACGCCACCUCUCGUUCUCUUGCAUGUCACCCUCUUGCCGCUGCGUUGGGGCUGGGGUGACGUGCUCGAGCAGGCGUCCAGCGAGCAGCUGAGUGAGGGCAGUAAGCGCCUCAAGCAAGCAUGGCGACAGCUCCAGGAUCGCAUGGGCGACACUACCUGCGAGCGUGGCAUCCUUCUGCCGCAUCCACAGAAUGACUUUGAGAUUCUCGAGGAACGACUACUCGAAGCGCUCGAGCUGCCUCUUAGGAGAAGGGCACGGAUCCUCGAGUGUGGUCAUUAUCUGGGGCCUGCGAACGAAACGACAAUUUUAGAGGAAAGCUCGGAGGAAGAGGACGACGAAGGUGUCUUUGAAGACUCACACCGUCAAUCUCGGAGCUCUAUGGAGAAGAAGCACUGGUGCAAUACUUGUCGUUCCGAGAUUCGCUUCGACGCUCUUGGUGCUGACAAGGUGUUCCGCGUCAAAGUAUACGCGAGCAACGGACUUGUCAAAGCUGGUGCGUGGGAGGCUUGUUGGAAAGAAAUGGAGCGGGUUGAUGUGGAGAUUGAGCCAAUUGUUGAGAGCGACAUCCAAGAGGAGAUGGCACGCCUGGAUGACGAGCAGCAGCAGGCCCUGGAGUUGCAUCAGGAGCAGCUCGAAGAAGAAGAGGAGGAGGAGGAGGUCGAGGUCCAGGCGGAAGCGGAGCCGGAGUGCAUGCCCGAGCAAGAGCACAUCGAAGAAGAGGUUCACGAGUAUGUCGAGGAACCAACAGAGGUGCACCACGAAGUUCCGUCUUCGCCUGUGCCAGAGAUCAGGGUUACGGAAAGCCCUGCGCCGCCAAGCGCGGAUGAACAACAAAGGCAACACGACGAGCGUCUGCGAGAGAUCUACGGACACUCACCGGAGCCUGUUGCCCACCCCAUUGCUGUGGUCGAGCAGCCCCCGCCCUCGCCACAGCCUGUUGCCCACCCCAUUGCUGUGGUCGAGCAACCCCGACUCUCACCCGAAUACACGCAACGCCAUGACCAUCAGCAGCAGCACCAUCAUCAUCAUCACCAGACACCACCACCGCCACCUGUAGCGGACGAGUACGCUCGGUACCGAGACCGCAGGCAGUCGGCUAGCCGGGACGACUCUCUGCCAGAGCUGAUAUUGGAGGCGACCAAGGUCAUGCUUCGUGACUCGAAGAAUGUGGCCAUUCUGCUAAUGAGUGUUCUGGUCCUCGUCCUCGCGUUGCGGGGCGGAAGCAGCGCGGCUAGCUUCGACAACUUCCCCGUCAUGGCGAAGAGGGAAAUGCCGGCCGUCGUCAUGCCUGAGAGACCUAUCAACCAAGGCCCAGCUACAGUGACGGUCACAGCAGCUGCUACACAAAGUAUGCUGGAUAGUGGCACAAUGGCUACCGUGACAGUGACCCAAACAGCAGCUGCGACUCAGGCAAGCGUUGAGUCGCUGGGGCACGAGGAGGUCAAGACUGUGUCGACACAUGAGAUUGUCAAGGUAUAUGAGACCGUUACCGAGACUGCCUUCGAAACCAGUACUGUAACGGCGCCUCAAGCUUCGGCCCUGGAAGAAACAACAAUUGUGAAUUUUUCGGAUAUUCGUGUUGAGGGGGUUGAGGCAGUUCCCGACGUUGCUGGCGCGUCUGUCGCACCAGAGGGCGAUUUAGAUCAAGCCCCUGAGCCGGUUGUGGGUGAAGCUGACCCGAACAUCGACAGGGAACAGGAAGAGGAAGGGGAGCAGGAGGUUGAGCUAUGA